UAUUGUGUGCGUAAGGGGGAUGCGAGUCAACAUGUUAUAUGUGCAAAUGGUGGAGGAGAGAGGAUUAGUUGUGAAAAACUGAAAGAGAAGUGCUCACCAGUCCAAGGCACUGUUUUCUUCAGCAAGCCAAUAACUUUGCAUUAUGUUACGGGUUUCACCUACCUGUGCUGCUAACCCUGUGUCAAUCACUUAAAUUGGGAUCAUCUGGUAAGGUAAUUGAAAAGAAACCCAUCAUUAGCUGGUAAAAUUAAAAGAGAGAGAGAAUUAGAGACAGAGAGAGAACACCAGAGGAAGUUGGUAAAAAAUCAAAACAGGAGCUGCAAGGGUAGGGGCACUUUUAUAUUUUGUGUCUGGUUGUUUAGAUUGUAAUUUUGGCCUAGGUAUAAUGAUAACAGAUCUUGGGGCUAUAGUGGGGCAAUAGAAAUAAAGUGUAUUGGCUGUGUUUAAUGUACAAAGGUACAUGUGUGGUGCCGUUGAUGAGUGGCUCCAUCCUAUAGUAGUGGUUAUUGCUAUCUUCUAGCAUUCCAGCAUUUUACAUACUGUUUUGCCUCGGGAAAUGUAAGACUUAAUGUAUCAUUGCCCAUUUUAUCCCUUCUGCGCUAGAUUAUCUGUAAUAUCAGUGAAGAAUACCAGUUCCUUGUGCACUUGAAAUAAGGUACAAUGAGGAGGGCUUAGGCUAGGCUGCGGGAGCCUUUUAAUAUUAAGAGAAACUUGGUGCACCUCAUUCAACCAGAAUAAAUUAUUCUUUGAAAUUAAAAAAAUAAUAAUCCAUUUCUUGAAGAUUUGCAUUCUGAUUCCUACAGAGAUUUAUAGCAACUAUGAAGAACCUUGGAAAUCAGUCAUUAAUUGUUACUCUCCCUUUUGGACUCUUUUCUUGGCAGUGGUGUAAUUAGAUUUGUCUUUUCUACAUAUCUAUCUAGUUUACCACUUUAUAGUUUAUUGGCAUUACCACAUUUCUUUGCUCCAUUUUUAUAAGAAGUGCAUGCUGUUGCUUCAGAAUCAGUACUAAUUUUUAUCAUGCUCUGCAAUACUCUUUUACUCUUUGAAUUUCUGAGAUCUCAUUUCAGGUACAUUUAGAUCUCUGAAUAAAUCUGGUCCGUCUUUUGCCUUUGGGGAAGAAGUCAAAUUUAUAAUUAUUUAAUAACCCAUACUUCGGCUUUAAAACUCCAGAAAUGCCAUUAAAUCCACUUAAAUCUUUAAUUUUCUCUUUGAUUCAUGCUGCAAAUUAAUUAGACGUAUUACGUGUCUAAUCUCUCGCCUGUUUUUUGUCUUCCCAUUUCUUCCUUGGCAGGGUCUGUGUUUUAUUUGUUGCGGUUGAAUGAAUCUUGGCUGUGAAUAAGGCUGUUGGCUGUAGUACUUUUGGCUUGUUUUCAGAAAUUGGAAGGUCUGCCAUGACUGAAGCAGAGGGCUACAGGAAGAGAAAAGAUGAUCUUGUGGUUCAGGCAGUUGAAUGCUACCUGGAAGAACUCUGUUCUAUCCUUGCCUCAGAGACAGAGUUUGUGUGAUGCAAGGCACAUUACUGAAACCAAAACUUUCACAGUUCGCCACUAACUAUGUGUUCAUCAUUUUCUGAGCACCUGACUUGGGACCUGACUUCCAGACAUGCUGAGCACCCACAACUUCAGCUAUGGCUGCUUAGCUAUAAGAGGACAAUGCUGUCUGGAGGAAUAAGCACAGGACUGGGUGAUUGUAUGACUAGUUCUACUCCUGACUCUGCUGCUGAUUCACUUUGCGGCCUUGAAGAGUGGAAGAAUGCAGGAGAAAAGUAUGCCAGCCAGUAAUACAGGGCUAAUGAGAGCCACUCACUUGCUGCAGUUACCGCAAGAAAUGCUGACUGAGAUAAUCAGGUACCUUCCUCCUGCAGAAAAAUCCAAGGUCCGUGCCACAUGCAGUCUCUUCAAGGACCUGGUUGAUCAGCCUGUUGUGUGGCAAAAGAGUACCAUUGUUCUCAGACGCAUAAGCGCUUUCAACACCGAGUUCUGGGACGUGCUUCGGAAAAGAAAGAUCACUUCUGUAGAAGUGAAAGAAAUUGGGCUUAAGCAAUGGCAAAAGCUGCUGAGGUUCAUGCCUGGUCUGCUAGAUGUAACUGUGGAUUCCCUCUGGAGCGAGGAAAUCCUGCAAGGUUUACAGCAGCUCACAGAUCUACAGAAACUUCACUUGAAAAUGUGCUCUAGGUUAUCUGAGAGAAGUGUAAUCAGGGAACUUGUGCACUUUCAACACCUUACCCACUUGUUGUUGUGUGGCAUAACCUUCUUAAGUGGCAGUGAAUUGAUCAGAAUUGCUUGCUUACAAAACCUACAUAUGCUCUCAUUGCAUACUGUGCAAAAGGCUCUUCCUGAGAAAGCACUAGAGUAUGUUUUAUUCCAUUUACCGAAACUCAGAGAACUGUCACUUUCUUAUAUCCUGAAUAAGGAGCAUUUUUUGUUAUGCCUCAGUUCGCCAGAUAGACAUCCCAUCCCUUAUUCAUCAGAAGAGUCGCCUGCUGUUCCAAAACUUCAGCUUCACACUCUGGCCUUGAGGCAAACUGGUUAUAACCUUCUUUCAGAGCGUUUCCUGGAUCAGCUCUCCACCAUCCACACUCUGACUGUUUGUUACAUCAAGGACUUUUUGUUACACUCAGUGGAUGUCUUUGGACAGGUGCUGAAGAACCUACCAAACUUGACAGAAUUAAAUCUUCUAUGGAUCUCCAAUUUGGAUAUGUUUGUUGAUAACAUUCCUUCCAGCCUUGUUAAACUAAGUGUGAUUGGAACCAAGCUCUCAAACUCUGCUCUCAGCUGUUUGUCUGACAAAUCCUGGAAGCUAAGAGAAAUGGAUCUAACCCUCUCAUAUGGAUUUGAUGAAAAGACUCUGAAACAAUUUCCCCACCUCUUUCCACUGCUGACUAGACUGCGCCUUAGUGGUUUUGUUUUGACUGACAAUAUCUUGUUGAGCUUGGCUAAACUGGAGAGUUUGCGAGAACUUGAUGUUACUGGUAGCACAAAUCUGACAAAAGAAGCAAUCCAGAAUUUUCGCAUCACAACGGACUGCAGGGUACAUCUCCUCGUAGAGUGGCAUUCAGUGUCUUCUAAAUGUGACUGCUUAUGGAGCACGUAAUGCACUGCCUUUCUUAUAACCCCCCCCACUGUUUACAGACCUUUGAUUGCUAAAUGUACUGCUAUCAGGAAACCAAGAAUGUUUCUGUAAAGUUCUGCUGAAAUUCCAUGUGAGGAAGAGAUGUAGUGGAAACAAACCUCCAACAUUCUCCAUAACUGAAUAGCUCUUCACUACAGCCAAUGGCUCAUUAAUAUGAAAAACAGAAAUGUCAUCUUUGAGCCUGUAACUCUGCCAAGACAGAACUGUAAACAAAUACUGGCAUUCUAUAUUAAAAUUUCUGAGUAAGUCUUCAAUGGCCAUUGAUAAAACUCUGCACUUCUGUUAAUAUGAUGCUUGACUACAUGCAAAUGAUAUUUUUCUUUUACUCUGUUGUCAUUUCUGCCUGGUAAAUUUUACUGACAUUCUUAGCCAGCAGCUCAGGCAUGGGAGAAGGGGCAGAGGAAAUAAGAGAAGCUGCGGCUCAGGGAUACUGGAAAAUAAGGGAAAUACAAGAGGGGAGGGAUUUGUCAGCAUGUAAGUCUCAGUAAAGUGUCAGCAAGGAGGUGCCUGGGUGGAUAAAGGUGAGUUACCGAAAAGGUCAGGAUUCCAGCAAAUUGCACCAGUCACAGAAUGGAACCACAGGCCCCUUCUAGUUAACUUUCGCCAUCAUGAAAAUGUAUUUUUUCUAUUCUUUUAGGUGUCUUAGCCAGUUUUUAAUCCAUAGUGGCUCUUUACCUACCAACCAAUGAUUACUUAGAUUUUUGUAAUGGCCUUUUAUGGAGCUUUUGUCAAGAGCUUUUUGAAAGCCCAAUAAACAUUCAACCUGUU